GCAGGGACGAUGGCGGACUCCCCCGAGUCGCAGGCCGCGGCCACCAGCCCCGUGCGCAGCUCGCGCCGCGGAGACCCCUACACGUCGAGCCCCGGGCGCGACCUGCCGCCCUUCGAGGAUGAGUCCGAGGGGCUCCUGGGCACCGAGGGGCUCCCCGAGGAGGAGGAGGAAGGCGAAGAGCUCAUCGGCGAAGGGAUGGAGAGGGACUACCGACCCAUCCCGGAGCUGGACGUGUACGAGGCCGAGGGCCUGGCCCUGGACGACGAGGACGUGGAGGAGCUGACGGCCAGCCAGCGGGAGGCCGCCGAGCGGGCCAUGAGGCAGCGGGACCGCGAGCUGGAGCGCGGCAUGGGCCGCAUGAGGAGAGGCUUGCUCUACGAUAGUGACGAUGAAGAUGAAGACCGUCCUUCACGGAAGAGGCGUCUGGCAGAGCGGGCUGCCGAUGGCGUGGAAGAGGAGGAUGAAGAUAUGAUAGAGAGCAUUGAGAAUCUGGAAGACAUGAAGGGGCACUCGGUGAGGGAGUGGGUUUCCAUGGCAGCUCCCCGACUUGAGAUCUACCACCGUUUCAAGAACUUCCUGAAGACCCACGUGGAUGACCAUGGACACAAUGUUUUCAAGGAGAGGAUCAGUGACAUGUGUAAAGAAAACAGAGAGAGCUUGGUGGUGAACUACGAAGAUCUGGCUGCCCAGGAACAUGUCCUUGCCUACUUUCUGCCUGAGGCCCCAGCAGAAAUGCUGAAGAUCUUUGACGAAGCAGCCAAGGAAGUGGUGCUGGCCAUGUACCCCAAAUAUGAUCGUAUUGCUCAGGAGAUCCAUGUCCGUAUCUCCCACCUGCCUCUCGUGGAAGAGCUGCGGUCACUCAGGCAACUGCACCUGAAUCAGUUGAUCCGGACCAGUGGGGUGGUGACGAGUUGCACAGGGGUCCUGCCUCAGCUCAGCAUGGUCAAAUACAACUGCAGCAAGUGCAGCUUCAUCCUGGGACCCUUCUUCCAGUCCCAGAACCAGGAGGUGAAACCUGGUUCCUGUCCAGAGUGUCAGUCUCUUGGUCCCUUUGAAAUCAACAUGGAAGAGACAGUCUAUCAGAACUAUCAGCGCAUCAAAAUCCAGGAGAGCCCUGGGAAGGUGGCUGCGGGCAGGCUGCCCCGCUCCAAGGAUGCCAUUCUCCUCGCUGAUCUGGUUGACAGCUGCAAGCCAGGAGAUGAGAUUGAGCUAACGGGGAUCUAUCACAACAACUACGACGGCUCCUUGAACACUGCCAAUGGGUUCCCAGUGUUUGCAACUGUUAUACUGGCCAACCACAUUGCCAAGAAGGACAACAAGCUGGCCAUCGGGGAGCUGACGGAUGAGGACAUGAAAGUGAUUGUGGGCCUUUCCAAAGACGAGCAAAUUGGGGAGAAGAUUUUUGCCAGCAUUGCCCCAUCUAUUUAUGGGCAUGAAGAUAUCAAGAGAGGCUUGGCUUUAGCUCUGUUUGGUGGGGAGCCCAAAAAUCCAGGUGGCAAGCACAAAGUCCGUGGUGACAUCAACGUGCUUCUGUGUGGUGACCCUGGGACUGCGAAAUCCCAGUUUCUUAAGUACAUAGAGAAGGCAUCAAGCAGAGCCAUCUUCACCACUGGCCAGGGCGCCUCUGCCGUGGGUCUCACAGCCUAUGUCCAGAGGCACCCAGUGAGCAAGGAGUGGACUCUGGAGGCAGGAGCCCUUGUGCUGGCUGACAGAGGGGUCUGCCUGAUCGACGAGUUUGACAAGAUGAAUGAUCAGGAUAGGACCAGCAUCCACGAAGCCAUGGAACAGCAAAGCAUCUCCAUUUCCAAAGCAGGCAUUGUCACAUCCUUGCAAGCCCGUUGCACUGUAAUUGCUGCUGCUAAUCCCAUAGGUGGGCGAUACGACCCAUCGUUGACUUUCUCGGAGAACGUAGACCUGACAGAGCCCAUCAUCUCUCGAUUUGAUAUCCUGUGUGUGGUGAGAGACACUGUGGACCCUGUGCAGGAUGAAAUGCUUGCCCGAUUUGUUGUGGGCAGCCAUGUCAAGCACCAUCCAGGGAGUAAGGAGGCAGUGAAUGGGGAUGCCGAUGAGGUGAUCCUUCCCAACACAUACGGAGUUGAACCCAUUCCACAAGAGAUCCUGAGGAAAUACAUCAUCUAUGCCAAAGAGAAGGUCCACCCCAAACUCAACCAGAUGGACCAGGACAAGGUGGCCCGGAUGUACAGUGACCUCAGGAAAGAAUCUAUGGCGACCGGCAGCAUUCCCAUCACAGUGCGGCACAUCGAGUCGAUGAUCCGGAUGGCGGAGGCCCAUGCCCGCAUGCACCUGCGGGAUUACGUGGUGGAAGAUGAUGUCAACAUGGCCAUCCGCGUCAUGCUGGAGAGCUUCAUUGACACGCAGAAGUUCAGCGUCAUGCGGAGCAUGCGCAAGACUUUCUCCCGUUACCUUUCAUUCAAGCGAGACAACAAUGAGCUGCUGCUGUUCAUCCUGAAGCAGCUGAUUGCAGAGCAGGUGAUGUACCAGAGAAACCGCUACGGGGCCCAGCAAGACACCAUAGAAAUCCCAGAAAAGGACCUGGUGGAUAAGGCUCGGCAGAUCAACAUCCACAACCUCUCUGCCUUCUACGACAGCGAAGUGUUCAGGAUGAACCGGUUCAGCCGGGACACGAAGCGCAAGCUGAUCGUCCAGCAGUUCUGAGGCCGCCGCUGGAGCCGGCCACGCGCUCCGGAGAGAAAUCCUCCGUGUGGCUGCUCGCUCGGGAACGCUGCAAAGCAGAUCAUGAUCCAGAGGGACUAAGCUGCACAUUCUCCUGCUUGUUUUGUGCCUUAUGGAUUAAGGGAGUGCUGAGCUGUUGAAGACUUUGUAAAUAGAACAGAGUUAAGUAGUUAAGUGCCCAGCUAAGUCUGUUUAGCAACUUCAGUCACUGUUUUGCCUUAGAGCUGAGCCCAGUGGGGAGAAAAUUGCUGGCCACAUAGAUGGCGUGUUUGUUCUUUGCUUGUUCCUAGUUGUUACAGGCUCAUCUAUAGGAGGGACAGAGAGGGGUCAUUAGAAAAGCAUUUGUCUGCCUUAUCCCUUGGAUUGCGAGCACCCUCAGGGAUUCUCUUUUCCCAUCUCUGGCGACUGCAGCCUGCUGGGUGAUAAUUGAGACUGCUUUCAACUCUCCAUGAAGCACCAGCCUCUCAGCUCCAGGCCUUUGUGCCUGACACUUGACAUUUCCCCAGGUGCCUGCAUGGGCUGACCUUGUGCUUGGUUUCUGCAGAAAGAGGGGGUAAAAGAGAACGGAAAUAAAGCACAACUGUUUCUAAUAAUAGAGGGGGCAGUGGAAGCUGCUGCAGCGCAUCCUGAGGCAGUAUCCAGAAACAUUGGGGCAAAUGCUUCUCCUCCUGUAUUGGAUACCAGCUCUGCUCCUGGGUAUAAAUGUGAAUUUGUAGCUGAAUCCAAAUGCUGGUACCUGACCUGACCAGCACCUCCUUAUCCACAGUAUCCAAGCUUAUUCAGCUUACCCACUGUGCUGAGGAUGGUGGUGGUGUUUUGGAGAGAGAUGGAGCAGUCUUGAGCU